AUGGCGGGCAGCGUCUGGGCAGCCCUGGGACUCUCCUUAGCUUGCAUCUCGGCCCUUAGCCUCAUCUCUCCUGCCUGGUUCCAGUCCCACACCUUCUCCUUUGGCAUCCUUACCUACUGCUCCUGGCCUCGGGGUGACAGCUGGAACCAGAGCUGUGGGACCUUCAGGUCCCUGGACGAUAUUCCUGACUUUGCCUGGAAGGUCUCGGCUGCAAUUCUCCUUGGAGGAUGGCUCUUGUUGGCCUUUAAUGCAGUUCUCCUCCUAUCUUGGGCCCUGGCCCCCAAAGGGCUGUGUCCCAGAAGGGGCAGUGGCCCAAUGCCAGGGGUGCAGGCAGUUGCAGCCACGUCUAUCACUGUGGGCCUGCUGGUCUUCCCCAUCAGCCUGGCCUCCCCAUUUGCCAAGGAAGCUUGUGGAGCCUCCUCUGUAUACCAUGGUGGGCAGUGCCAGCUAGGCUGGGGCUAUGUGACUGCCAUCCUCAGUGCAUUCCUAGCCAGCUUCCUGCCUAUGAUUGGAUGGCCCGGAAUGACCAAGGUCCAGGAAAAGAUCAUCCUCUUCUCGGGUGACACUGAGAAAAUCAUCCUCAUGCCAGAAAUGAGCAAAUAA